AUGUCCCUUUCAAUAAAAAAUAAUCUUUUGCUUGUAUUCAUUCACGGUUUCAAAGGUGAUGAUGAAACUUUUUUGGACUUCCCAAAACGCCUUCAACACGUACUUCAAGAAACGAUUUCAAACAUAAAAAUAAGGUCAAUAGUUUAUCCUCGUUAUGAAACUCGAGGUGAAUUAAAAGAAGCUGUUGAAAGGUUUUGUUUAUGGCUGGAAAAUGAGGUUUUAAAGCUAACUGGUAACGUUCGAGUUUGUUUACUUGGACAUUCUAUGGGUGGUAUUCUAGCUGCCGAUACAAUCUUAAAAUACGCAAAUCAAACAGUAAAAACAACUUGUAAACCAAAUAUAAUCGGAUUGUUCGCAUAUGACACCCCAUUUUAUGGGGUACAUCCUGACGUUUUUUCGAAGGCUGCGCUCAAGCGAUUUAACAAAGUAACGCAAAGCGUCAGCAGUACACUUACUUUAUUAACGUCCGCCGCUGGUGCUUCUGCUAUCUCUAAUCCAGGAUUGGGAAAACGGAGUUUGUUUGGUAUCGCUCUCGGUGUUAGUGUUGCUGCUGCUGCUACUUAUUAUCAUAAAGAUAAAGUUAGUAAAGGUGUCGAAUGGUUGGGAAGUCACCUUGAAUAUGUUGGUGUCUUGUGGAAUCAAGAUGAAUUGUCGAAAAGAGUUGAAAACCUGUUGAAAGUUCCAGAUAUUGUCUUUCAGUGUUACUAUACUCAGAUUCCACCACAAGAUGAUGAACUACCGAAAACGUUCAUCGAAUUGCCACCAUCACAUAUGAUGUCAUAUUUUUCUUCCAUCGCUUGUACAAGCGAAGAUGAAAUUGACGCUCAUCUUGAAAUAUUUAAUCCUGAUGUUAACCCAUUUUAUUAUGAUUUGGGUCAUGUGACUUCAAAAUAUAUAUGUGAGAUGAUAGCAAAAAGUGAUGUUUUCCGGUUGGAAGCUUUUUAG